AUGCGACGAGCCAUAAUCCAUACCCUUGUCCUGGGCGGUGUCCUGCUGCUUGGCCUGCCGCCCGGCUUGACCCAAGUCCAAACCGCAGAUGUCAAUGCGAUACCGCGCGCUGCCUGUUUUCGUGGUGAACCCUGCACCUGUCCAGCAGCCGAUGAGGUUGUCGUGCACAGUCUGAACGCCGAGGGCACCUGUACCAGCUGCAGUUGCGAAACACACCCCAAGCUGGCGGCAGCCCUCAACAGCUCUUUGUCUUGUCCUGCCGAUACACCCUGUCUUUGUGCACCCACCUUUACCCCGCACUACUUUCCGGACGAAACACGUCCAGACUGUACCCGAUGCGAGUGCCUGCCAUGGGUCACCAGCCCGUCACCCUGGCUGACCAGUACAAAGGCGCAACGCAGCCUGCGCCAAGACGCGUGCUUCUGCGCAGCUCACAGCCUGGAUGCGGGCGCACUACGCCGCACUCGCUGCGGGCAUGAAGUGCACCUGGCCUGCCCCGCCUCCAAACCGUACGGCCAUGUCGCCGUGGCCUGCCUGCCCAGCUCGGACGGAACUGACGGAACUUGGUCUGCCCCCCUCGAGGCCUGCCAAGCCACCAAUGCCGCAGAUCUGCUGGCCGAUGCCAUGCGCCUCGAUACCUGGCCCGCCGUCAAUGUCUCGCGCUGGCUUCGCGUCUUGGAAGCCUUUGUUCAAAAUCCUCCCGCCCUUCUCACAGGCCAGAGUGCCAAUUUUCUCAGCAUGACGCUGGAGCUGACCCUGCGCGAAGCGGUCUUCCUGGACAAGCUGCUCCCCGGCGACUGGCAACGGCUGCUGGAAGCUUUGGACGCCUACCAAAACCUCGACGGUGGGGCUCUCUGGGCAUUCGAGGCUCAGACCGUAUACCGGCGAGCUUGGGCGGGUCUCGUGCGCCGAUUCGCCCUGCUCCUCGCCCGCACCAGCACGCCACACCUCUCCUCCCGCCGCCUAGAUAUCCAGUGGCUCGAUGAGAACAAAGCCCGGGACAUCGCCACCGAGGAUGUCUUGGUGCUCAGACCCGCUCGCCAGCCUUCUGCAUACACGCUUGUGCCCCUGCCCUCAUUGACCGCUGCCCUUGAGAACGGAACGUCGACCAUGCGCCUCAUCUAUGCGCACCUGGGCCGCUUCCCGGCCUCAACUCGCCUUCAGCUGGCCCCUGCCGCGUUGGCCCGGAUUCCCGGCCCGCUCGUCGUGACCCAACGCCCCAGCCGCAUUCUCGUGCUGGCCACCGACCUGCAGACUGAAGCCAUGCUCGAGACUGAUCUCUUUUACAGCGAGCCACUGGCCGCCAAAUUGGGGACGGCUGCCACCGCCACUGCAUCUCUUGCCUCAUCCAGCACACCAAGCACUGCUGCAUCUUCAACCGCCUCCACGGCCAACCUGGCCACGACGCUGCUUUGCGUGCGCUGGACUCUGGUCGCUGGAUACGGUGGAGCUUGGGAUCCAGCCAACUGUACCACCAACUAUGCUGGCGACCUGGCGGAAUGCCGGUGCAAGGAACCAGGUGUCAUUGCGCUGCUGCCCCUGACUCAGGUGGCGAGCCCACCAACCGCCAUUCCGCCGACGUCGACUCUGUCGAUCAGUGAUGUGCCCCAAGCCAGCUCCCAAGCCCUCCACCACCAGCUGAGCCCACCUACCGCCAUCCUGCUUGUCACCGCCGCUGGUCUCUGCCUGGUUGUCGCAGCACUCUAUUCUAUUCUCAUGUGGCGCAAGGAGAUGUUGCGCACCGAUCGACGCCAGCGGCAUCUUGUUGUGGGCAUGGCCCUCGUCGCUGCCGUAGCAAUUGCCGCCAUGCUGCUGAUUCAGCCCGGUGCCCUCCACCUGCCCAUAGCCACAGUUGCCGUUUUGGCGGGACAGGGUCUAGCAUAUGCCGUUCUCUCCCAGCUCUUGCUCAUCAGUAUCCUGGCCGGGCAGGGUUUGCGAGACGUAGAGGCCCUGCCGCGUCCCUGGCGCCUCGUGAUAGCCUGGGGCAUCCCAGUUGCACUGGUGGCGGUGCAUGAGAUCCUGUGGGCCAUGGACCUGGGCGGUAGCAUUGGCAUUCUUUCACCCACCGAAAUGGCUGGCUUUGAAGGCUUGCAACGCUGGAUCGCCCUUGGUGCGCUGCUUGGCCUCGGCGCGACCACCCUUGCUGCCAUUGUAGUCCUCCACCGCCGCAUGCAGCGACACACCGCCGUUACCGACACCAACGUGCACGCUCAGUGGGAGCGUCAACUCAACACGGUUGAGCUCCCGACGAUAUCGGCCAUACUAUUCGUACUGGCUCAAACGCUGGGCUGGAUUGCCCUCCAGGCCUCAACGAGCGAGAGCACAGCGGUGGGCUGGUACCUCGAGUUGGCCGGCGCAACCCUGAUCUGCCUAGCUGCGUUGGCCUUUACCAUCAUGACUUGUUGGCAGAACCGUGACGUCUACACUUGGCUCUGCCCCUGUGCGGCUCCUCCCGAGUCCCCACGUUUGGCCUCGAUGAAGAAACGUAAAAUGUCCGACGUGGGCAAGCUCAUGCAAAACUUACAAGCCUCGGUGCGACGCAGUAAUCGGGCCAGUGCAGCGAGUGCAUUGCAAUGGGAUGACUCGGAUAUGCCCAGCACCCUGCCCCAUGUGCGGCCAGGUCUGGGGCGUGCCUCCCACAUGACCAGUUACACCAGCUUGAUUGAGCGUGCGCGCACGACAGGGGUCCAGUCUCCCAAUUUGGAAAAUGGCCUGGACAUGAACUUGGAUGAUGAUGAGCUUUACGCUCCCUCGCAAACUGGCAGCGUAAAUGGCGACGCUGAUCCCAUGGCUCUAUUUACAUUGGCUGCUGACAUGUGCAUUGAUCAAGGUCUCAACGCCCCUGCGCCCCCGCUUGCACCCGGUUCGAUGCACGCACCGAGCACCAUCCGCCGGCACACCUCUCGGCACGCCAAUCGCCAUAUUGAUGCCAUUCGUUUGGCUGCCAUUGAGGCUGCCAACGAACUUCAGGCCGCAUACUCGGCCUACUACUCGUCGUCUGCCUCCAGCCCUCGCGCAACGCCACCGCUGGAACUUCCAAGCUCGCAAGAACUCGCAGCCGCAUCAACUUUUCGCUUGCCUCGAGGCUCCCUCCUCCUAGAAAACGUUGAACACGACAGCAUGACUUAG